AUGAAAGCAAAACGAAAAUGGACUUUACGAAAAAGGACUCGGUCAUGCUGGAAGAAACCUGGGCGAACUGAACAGUGGUGGAACAAUCUGUGGAAAGGUCAUCUCCUUGAGGAAGAGUGGAAUGUAAACCUUCGUAUGAGCAGGGACGAUUUUAUGAAACUAGUUGAAGAACUUCGUCCAUUUGUUGAGCCAGAUAAUACGUCACCAAACUGGAGUGCAAUUACAUCAGAAAAAAAAGUAGCUAUCACGCUUUAUUAUUUGAAGGAUACUGGUUCCAUUCGCAUGACUGCAAACUCGUUUGGUGUUGCUACAUGUACUGUAUCGAAAACUAUUUAUGAAGUGUGUCAGGCUAUUUCUGCAAACCUUGGCCCCAGAUACAUAAAACUGCCUUCAACUGUUGAAGAAAUGAGAGAACUAGUUGUUAAGUUUGAGUCCAGGCAUGGUUUUCCUCAAGCAUUCGGAUGUGUUGAUGGUACACAUAUACCUAUACAACAACCGAUGGACAAUUCACAAGAUUUUUUCUCAUAUAAGAUGAAGUACACGCUCAAUGUUCAAGCAGUGUGUGACUACAGGGGUCUAUUUCUUGAUGUCGAUUGUCGAUGGCCGGGUAGCGUCCAUGACGCAAAAGUAUUCACCAAUUCCAAGAUCAACAUCAUGUUGAGAGAGGGAAAGCUUCCCACUGUGUAUAGACCAUUAAUACCUGGCCAUGAUAAAAUCCCGUCAUUACUGCUUGCUGAUCCUGCCUACACAUUAUUGCCCUACUGCAUGAAUGAAUUUACCAGUUGUAACACAAAUGAAGAGGUUAUUUUCAACAAUUUGCUAAGAUCAUCAAGAAACCAAAUCGAGUGUGCUUUCGGCCGCCUAAAAGCAAGAUGGCAAAUUUUAAACAGAAAAAUUAAUCUGAAGCUGGAAAAUGUUCCAUGUGUGAUAUAUGCCUGCUUUGUUCUCCACAAUUUCUGCUCAGUGUAUGGUAUCUCGGUUGAUGAUGACAGUGUGCAAAGGCAAAUUGCAUACGAUCGUGAAAUGCAACCAAAUGUGACCCCAGACCUUAUCUAUUCAUGCAACUCUGCAGCAGGAAUUUCUGUAAGGAAUACAAUUGUUGCCUUCCUGAAGGAGCACAUUGAACAUUGA